GUGUGCAAUUAUUGUGCUUGUACAAUUCUAGUGAAAUACGCGAAACCUGCAAUCGCACUCGUCACGCAAACGCAUCAUAAAGAGUCUAUAUAUUGUAGAAGAAUCACAUAAUAGAACGUUAAAAGGAUGUUUAUACUUCAACAUGCAAUAUUGCAACGUCUCAGCAAUGCUUCAACUUUUUGUAUUGUACGGAAUAUUCAUUCCCACUUAGUACUUCGGAAGGGAUAUACCACCAAUCAGAACGAUGUGAAAAACACCAUUGAUAAUAAUCCAUAUUAUUAUUCUACGAGCUGUGACAGAAAGGAAAAUGAGAAAUUAUUGGCACCGAUAAGAUAUCUUGCUCAAACUCCUGGAACACUAACAACAACGACUUUUAUAAAGGCCAUUAAUUAUUGGUUAAAGACACCGGACGACAAACUCCUACCGAUCAAAGAUAUAGUAAACAUGCUCCUCUUGGCUGCCACUAUAGUCGAUGAUAUUCAAGAUAAUUCCAUUAUGCGAAGAGAUGUUCCUGUUGCACAUGCAAUUUAUGGAAUCCCUCACACACUAAAUGCUGUAAAUUAUGUGUAUUUUAUUGGGUUGGAACGAGCUCUUAGUUUACAACAUCCAGAGGCGGUAAAAGUGUAUAUGGAACAAGCACUGGACUUUCACAGAGGUCAGGGAAUAGAACUUCAUUGGACAACUAAUUGUAUCUGUCCAACUGAAGCAGAUUACAAGACGAUGAUAAAAAACAAAACUGCAGUUUUCUACUUCGCGCAAAGAGUAAUGCAAUUGUUCUCAACUUUUACAGAAGACCUUUCAUUAAUAACAGAUACCUUUCGAUUAUUGUUUUUCAUAGGUGAUGAUUAUUGCGACAUAUGGCUUGAUGAGGACGUCAACAGUAAAGGUUAUUGUGACGAUUUGGCCGAAGGGAAAGUGAGCCUUCCGAUUAUUCAUGCACUUACAAACAAUCUGGACAAUAAGGAACUAAUUAGUAUUCUAAAACAACGGACAAAGGAUAACGAAGUGAGACGUUAUUGCGUUCACUUAUUAGAGAAAAAUGGUUCCUUUGAAUACGUGAAAAACGUGCUUGAAGAACUGGACUCGAUCGGGAGGGCUGAAGUUGAACGUUUAGGUGGUAACCCACUUUUUGUGAGGCUUCUGGAUCAACUCAAGACUUGGAAUAGGAAACAUGCGUCUAAGAGUACCUUAGAUAGACUUUGGCAUUAAAUUUACGAUUAAGUAUUUUUUCGUACAACCAGCAAAAACGUUGUUUCAUACAUGUUUCAUAUUAUACGAGAUAAUUGUCUUAAUGACACAAACAGUCCAGAUAUGAUGAUGUAGGAAAGAUAUAUGUAUAACAAAUAUAUCAAAAAUGUAUAAUAAAGUUUCGUUAUGAGAUUUUUGUUCCAAAAA